AUGAAAGACACAAUCGAAACUCAAUUGCUUGUCAACAAUGAGUUGGUUCCUGCAAGCGAUAACACUACCUUUGAUCUCUUCUCACCACAUACGGGUGAACUGGUCGCGAAAGUCGCUGAAUCCACGAUCGAUGAUGUGAACACUGCAGUGGAUGCAGCUGAAGCUGCCUUCCCAGCAUGGAGCGCCCUCUCACCGCAGCAACGUGGUGUACCGCUCAAAAAGCUGGCCGAACUCGUACUCUCUGAAAAAGACGAGCUGGCCUACUUGGAUGCGAUUUCCAUGGGCCGGCCUGUCAACACGUUCUUCGACGCCAACUAUGCGGCUACUCACUUCAAUUACUUCGCUGAGGCGGCUUACCCACAGGGUCAGACGAGUUUGAAUACGCCUGGGUUCUUGAAUAUGAGUCUACGACAGCCAUAUGGUGUGGUAGCGAUCAUCAUACCCUGGAAUGCGCCGCUAGUAUUCUUCUCGAAAAAAGUGGCACCAGCGGUAGCAGCCGGGAAUUGCGUGGUUGUUAAAAGCAGUGAAAAGGCUCCAUUGACACCUUGGAAAAUAUCUCAAUGGAUCUCAAAAUGCGGUUUCCCGCCCGGCGUCAUCAACGUGCUGUCUGGCCAUGGCCAACCCUCUGGCGACGCACUCGCCUCCCACAUGAAAGUCCGCGCACUCUCCUUCACAGGAUCAACCCGCACAGGCCGAGCCAUCCAGAUUGCAGCUGCCAAGUCGAAUCUCAAAAAAGUCAUUUUCGAACUUGGCGGCAAAUCUCCCGCGCUCAUCUUCGAAGACGCAGACAUUGAACAAGCAGCCAAGGAGACCGAGAACAGCAUCAUGUGGAACUCGGGACAGACAUGCAUGGCCAAUAGUCGCAUCUAUGUACACGAAAGCAUAAAGGACAAAUUCAUAACCUCCUUCACCCACUAUGCCCAGCAACGAAUUCUUGGCGACCCUACCAAUCCAACCACCAACAACGGUCCCCAGGCCGACAAGACCCAGCACGCCACCGUAAGCGCAUUCAUCGACCAGGGCAAACAAGACGCAGAAUCCACAAUCACAAUCUCCCCCACCUCACCCAGUCCUUCUCCCAACCCCCCAUCCUCCCUCCUCAUCCCCCCAACCAUCCUCCUAAACAUACCGCCCACCUCCCCCCUCACCAAGCACGAAAUCUUCGGCCCCGUCGUCCUAAUCAACACGUUCGCCACCGAAGCCGACGCCAUCCGUCUGGCCAACAACUCGGAAUUCGGCCUCUACGCCGCACUCUACACGCGCGAUCUCGAGCGCGCCAUGCGCGUGGGCAAGAAGCUAGAGAGCGGCAUGGUCGGUGUGAAUUGCACGGGGCCGACUGGAUGUUGGGAUUUGCCGUUUGGAGGUUGGAAGCAGAGUGGGUUGGGUAGGGAGAGUUUAUUGGGGAGUUUGGAGGAGUAUAUGGAGGUUAAGAGCUAUAAUUCUGAUGUUGUAUUCGACUUUAUUCUCGAUUAUUCUCUAUCAGGAAGUACGCGAUCCAAUAUUUCGAUCUAA